UGCCACUCCUCUCCCCCCGCCAUGUCGCUCGCCAUGGCCACUCCCACUACCACCACCGCCGCCGCCGCCCACCUCGCCUCGCCCCUCCUCUUCUCCUCAUCCCCGGACCCCCGCAGACGCCGACCCCUCAGGGCACCGCUCCGACGCACCCGCAUCGCCGUCGUCGCCUCCGUCCCCGACCCCGCCGAUAAGCCGGUGGAGUACACGCCCUGGCUCAUCGCUGGCCUCGGCAACCCCGGCAGCAAGUACCAAGGCACUCGACACAACGUGGGGUUCGAGAUGGUGGAUCGCAUCGCGCGGGACGGAGGAAUCACGAUGAACACCAUCCAGUCCAAGUCUCUGCUCGGAGUAGGUUUAAUUGGGGAGGUGCCAGUGCUGCUGAUAAAGCCACAAUCAUACAUGAAUUACUGUGGUGAAGCAAUUGGACCGCUUGCUGCCUAUUACCAAGUACCUCUGCGGCACAUUCUUGUGAUUUAUGAUGACAUGAGUCUGCCCAAUGGUGUAUUGCGAGUUCAACGGAAAGGUGGCCAUGGCCGCCAUAAUGGCCUGCAGAAUGUUAUUGAGCAUUUGGAUGGCUGCCGGGAGUUUCCUCGUUUAUCUAUAGGCAUUGGUAGCCCACCUGGCAAAAUGGACACGCGAGCUUUUCUUCUGCAGAAGUUUAGUUCAGAGGAACGGAUUCAGAUUGACACCGCGUUGGAGCAAGGGGUGGAUGCUGUGAGGACCCUUGUGCUGAAGGGUUUUAGUGGAAGUAUUGAGAGAUUUAAUCUGGUGCAGAAGUACAAGUUCAACAAGGCUUGAUGAUUCUUUAGAUGUUUCGAUCUGUCUACUUUUGGAAGAUACACGAAUGCCCACCAAAAUGUUUUUGGAAGUGUUUGAUGUGAUAAUUUGCAUAACCUACUUAGGUGCACUAAGCUGGGUGUCCUGUAGUUUUGAUGAUGUUACGAACUUAGCAGGGUGUAGAUAAGGUAGAGUUCUUCUGCACAUCUCCUAAAGAUAACUCAUGGUUUAGUCAAAUUGGAAAUAAAAUAGGUCCAUUUGAUGGAAGGUCAUGUAAAAACACUAUGUACUUCUGUAGGUUAAUGACACAUUAGUCUCAUGUAAAAGAGGAAUGUAGACCAUUUAAUUC